AGCCAUUUCGGCUCAAGACGUGUCGGGCGCCCCCCGCGCGCCUCCAGCCGCCCCUCGUCAUGCAGCGCCUCAAGGUCGUGACCGAGCACGUCGCGCCGGGCGGCGGCGAGGGGUCGGCGGGCACUCGGCCGCGGCAGGGCCCAGUGGCGGCGAAGGCGCACCACAAGAAGAUCUGGUACGCGCCGUACAAGUUCGAGGCAUACGGCGAAGAGGAGAUCCAGGCGGUGGAGGCUUCCCUGCGAGAUGGCUGGCUGGCGCCGGGGCCCCGGACCGAGCUGUUCGAGCAGAAGGUGGCGGCCAUCUUCGGCAAGAAGUACGGCAUCAUGGUGAACUCUGGCAGCUCCGGCAACAUGAUCGGCCUGGCAUGCCUCGGCCUCGAGAAGGGCGACGAGAUUGUGACCCCUGCGUGCACCUUCUCGACAGCGGUGGCGCCGAUCGAGCAGCUCGGCCUCAAGCCGGUGUUCUGCGACGUGACGCCCGACCGGUACGUUCCUGAGGUGGACGAGAUCCUCAAGAGGAUCACGCCAAAAACAAAGUGCGUCUUCAUCCCCAAUCUGGCUGGCAGCAAGAUAGACUGGAAGGACCUGCGCGCCAGGAUCCCAAAGGGCAUCUAUCUCUUCGAGGAUUCGUGCGACAGCAUCACCUACACCGCGGAAUCGGACAUCUCGGUCAUAUCUUUCUACGCGUCCCAUAUCAUCACCGCCGGCGGCCUCGGCGGGGUCGUGAUGUUCAACGACGAGAAGCUGAAGGACAGGGCCCUCAUGUUCCGCGACUGGGGCCGGAUCGGCAACAAUUCCGAGGACAUGUCCGAGCGGUUCGGCCACAGCGUGGACGGUAUAGAUUACGAUUUCAAGUUCUUGUACGGUUGCGUUGGCUAUAACAUGAAGGCGUGCGAGAUGAAUGCUGCGUUCGGGCUUGCGCAGCUGGAGAAGUUGGACAGGUUCCGCUCCAUGCGCGCCCGCAAUAUCAACCGCUACGUGGAGAACCUCAGGAAGGCGGGUGUGAAGUACGUCCUGCCCCAACAGCACGAGGAGUUCGACUGGCUCGCGUUCCCGCUGCUCUACCACGACCGCAAGGGCAUCCUUCAGUAUCUUGAGAGCAACGGCGUGCAGAUCCGGGUGUUCUUUGCCGGCAACAUCACGAGGCACCCUGCGUAUCGCCAGUACCUGCAGUCCUUCCCAGGCUCCGACAGGGUCAUGAAGGAAGGCUUCCUGAUAGGUGCCCACCACGGCCUGGAGCUGGAGGACAUCGACUACGUCUGUGAGCUGCUGAUCGAGUACGACAAGAAGAACGGCGCAGUCUCCGCCGGGGCCGCCACCACGGACGUCAAGGAGAGGGACUCCAUCAGCCUCGACCUGUGAGCUGGCCCCGCAGGCCACGGCGCCGAGCGCCCCGCCUCGCCCUCCGCGCUGCGCCGAGAGCGGGCGUCUGUCCCGGAGGAGAUCGCCCAGGCGCUCGCGUUGGGGCCUGGCUGUCCAGAUGCCCGUGCCCCCAGAGGCGGCGGUAGGGGCGAAGAGCCCAGGGGAGAGCAGUACACGUAUUCAGGUGCGCCGAUGAUCUAUAUGGCUUCGAAGAGGCUCCCAUGCGUGCAAUGCCCUCCCCAGGGCUACGCGCCCUUGUCGUCGCCGCCGGCACUCCGAAGAACAAGAACCGCAGGCCCAGAGGUUGACACCAACACCAGCAUGGGCGGUGUGCCUCCAC